CCUAUCGGGGGGUCCUUUUUCAGCACAACACCGGAAAAAGUGGGUGUUAGCUGACUGACGUUAGCAAGCGACAACUACGAAGUCAGCUGUGGGUUCUAUGGAAGAGAUGUCAGGAGACAGCGUGGUGAGCUCGGCAGUGCCAGCAGCUACAACCAGGACAACAUCCUUCAAAGGUUCCAGUCCCAGUUCCAAGUAUGUGAAGUUAAAUGUGGGUGGGGCGCUGUACUACACUACAAUGCAGACACUAACAAAGCAGGACACCAUGCUUAAAGCUAUGUUCAGUGGGCGGAUGGAGGUUCUCACAGACAGUGAAGGUUGGAUCCUAAUUGAUCGCUGUGGAAAACACUUCGGAACAAUCCUUAACUUCCUUAGGGACGGGGCGGUCCCACUCCCAGAGAGCCGCAGGGAGACUGAAGAGUUACUGGCAGAGGCCAAGUAUUACCUUGUCCAGGGCUUAGCUGAUGAAUGCUCAGCAGCCUUGCAGAAGAAGGAAACAUAUGAACCUCUUUGUAAAGUGCCUCUUAUGACGUCGUGUAAGGAAGAGCAAAGACUCAUUGCAACCUCAAACAAGCCUACUGUGAAACUACUGUAUAACAGAAGCAACAAUAAAUAUUCCUAUACUAGCAAUUCUGAUGACAACAUGCUAAAAAAUAUUGAGCUGUUUGACAAGCUGUCUUUGCGGUUUAAUGGCCGAGUCCUCUUCAUCAAGGAUGUGAUAGGAGAUGAGAUCUGUUGCUGGUCCUUCUAUGGCCAGGGGCGUAAGAUUGCUGAGGUGUGCUGCACCUCUAUUGUUUAUGCCACAGAAAAGAAGCAGACUAAGGUUGAGUUUCCUGAAGCACGCAUCUAUGAGGAGACCCUCAACAUUCUUCUGUAUGAAUCCCACGAUGGGCGGGGUCCAGACAACGCUUUGCUUGAAGCCACCGGCGGCGCUGCAGGAAGAUCUAGCCAUCUGGACGACGACGAAGAGCCCGUUGGAAGAGUUCGUAGGAUUCAUAUCAAACGCCCUGAUGACCGCACACACCAUCACCAGUGACCUCCCCCUCUUCACCCCCAUCUUAGUCUCUUUAUUAUGUUUGUGCCUUAAAACAACAAGCAAAUCUCUUGCUCUCUCAUUUCCUGUCUUCUCUUUACCAGGCUUUGAGUGUCGUACCACAUUUUGUGGUGGUAAUUUAUGUUUUUGUCUUGUCUUAGUUUGAAGUCGCUUUAUAUUGUUAAAAAAUCACCUUGAUGUACUGUUGCUUACAUGAAUUUUUGUUUUCAGCAGAACAAAGUUUUACCGGUCGGACUGUUUGUGCAGAAAUCGGUUGUUUUAGGGUUCCAAGCUACGUGACAUUUAGAGAAUCAAGAAAUGUAAUCUGUUUAUAAGUUAAACUGUUCACAUUUUUCUCCUGUGGGUCUGACUGCUCCACAAAGUAUCAUUGAAAUUAUAGCACAAUGUGACCACGUGGUGGCACUGUUUAACUCCUGAAAUGUUACCAUGGCUAUUUUGUAGCCUGUUGGUUAGUUAUUAAAACCUUAAGUAUAUUUUUUAUGUUAUGAUAUCAGAGAGGAAUGUAACAUUUCAUUCUUAUGCAUAUAAUCUGUUUAGUUAGAGUUUGUACAUUUCCUUUCAUUCCACUAUAAGCAUUUGAUUUUCCAGUGGAGGGAACCUGAUCUGUGAUCUAAGGUGUUAUAUGUUCUUUGCUGAUUGGAUGAUUUAUGCUGAGGUUUAAGCGAAUGAGGGUAACUGGAGAGCUAACUGGCAGGAAGAGGAUGCCUGUCUACAAGCUUUAAACAGCGAGGCGAAUUAGACCUGUCCAUCACUGCAUUCAACAGACAAUAUACUGUUUGCACACUACAGUAUAUGUUCAAGUCAAUACAAGCAACAGUUUUAGAUCUGUUUACAGAAGUGAACAAAUGUUUUAUAUUUAUAUAUACUUUAUCACAAAUAAAUUUCUAGAUGCUGA